AUGUCGGAGCAAGAAGUAUCAUCUCUUCGGCCGCCCGUGCCGCGGCGGGUCAUCAAGAAGCGAGGGACCACCCGAGAACGGACGGGGUGUCUGACAUGUCGUCAACGGAAAAAACGAUGUGAUCUAGGUUAUCCUGUGUGCAGAGAAUGCGUUCGAUUGAACUAUAAGUGCAAAUGGGAAGAGCCGAGAUCCGUUGCUCAAGAUAAGCAGAGCGUAAAGUCGGUGGUGCCAGCUGAGGACGAAUCAAACAGCCCGUUUCGACUGUUCAAUAACCCAGAUCCCGUUUUAUUCUGGGUUGAUGAACAUGCCGAUUGCACGUCCCCGUCGAGCCGCCGGCACUUCCUCCGAUAUUACACACAGACCUUCACGCAUCUUCUAACGACCAACAUUGAGAACAAUUCUUUCUUAUCUGUAUUUCUGCCCAUGGCCAUGCACAGCCCACCCUUGCUAAACACGCUGAUCGCGUGGUCCUCCGCACACCUAUCACUGAGGGACCACUCCUUUCAGCAAGUGGCAAUUCAGAACCGAUGUGGAGCACUGAGUGGUCUCCGCGGUGCCCUCGAAUCAGACCCCACAAAUAUUGAGGCCAAUCUCGCCAUGUCCUUGGUCCUGUGCUCAUUGGAGAGCAUCAUGUCAGAUAACGGAGCCGCCUGGUAUCAGCAUCUAGUCGGCGCUGCCGGGGUUAUCUCGGCCAACACAUCCACAGCAGUCCUUAAAGGUUCAUCCACAACUGAGUUACUGAAACCAUUCGAGGAUGCGCAUUCGGGACGCUGGCUGCUUCGGAACUUUGCCUAUCGGGAUAUUGUCAUGGCCGUCGCGCGAGACCAAGCACCGCUCUUGAGUUCGCAUCAUUUCCUUCGACUCGAUGAGCCUAGACUGCCAGACUCGCAUUUCGGUCUUGCGUCGGAGAUUCUCGAAAUCAUUUCGGAAAUAACUGCACUGAAUGAAGAUAUUAAGAACAUUACCUUGGGAGUCCAAACCGUGACCGACAACAACUUCGCAUUCGAUCAUCACACAAAUAGUGUUCACGAGGAAUUCGAACGAGCUGAAAUCCUGACCAGAUUUCUAUACAUCAUUGAGAUUAUUAGCGGAGACUUACCGAAGUUCGGCACUCAUACACCUCUACCGCUCGCAACGGAGAGCGUUCCCACCCAAGCAGAAGGUCUCUCAUCAAAAGCAACAGCCCAAGCUGCGGCUAUCGUCGAAAGUAUCGAGCAAAUGCCAACUCGAAGUUUGCCUGAAUGCACAUUGCUCUUCCCGAUAUUCCUCGCUGGAGGGGAGGCAACGGACGAAUCACAUAUCAAGAUCAUUAGGGAUAGAAUGCUCGAUAUGAUUGAGUCACGGGGAUUUAGAAAUGUGCAAGUGGCGUUAUCAGUCUUGGAGAAACUGUGGCGCUUAAGAAUUGCGCGGAAAUCAUCUAGCUCGUCCAAUGUCGAAGGCUUAUUGGGCUCUGCCUGGCUGGUUGGGCUGGUGCCCGGCUCAAACGAGCUUCUUGAGCAGAACACGGAGGACCUUGUCCUGCUUGGCGAUGUCGCGGUGGAACAUUUUGCCAGCCUUGAUGUAUUUGGAGAGCUUCUUCCUGUUGCGGAAAAUGCGAGGCUUUUCCUGAGUCUCCCAGCAUUCGAGUAG